GUUCCGCCCCAUGAGCACGGUGGUAGACACUCCUGCUGCCCAGUCAAAUGCUCUGACAGCUGUCGACCCCUCGCCAUCCCUCUAUCUAACCAUGUCCGCGCUCCUUCUCCAGAAGAAGAACCAGCCUGCCCACGAACAAGUCGUCAAGCUAGACCGCUCCGUCUUUGGCCACCCCAUUCGCCGAGAUAUCCUUCACCUCUGUGUCGUCCACCACCUCGACUCCUUGCGCCAGGGCAGUGCAAACACGAAGACUCGCAGCGAAGUCCGCGGCUCGGGCCGGAAGAUUCGUCCACAGAAAGGCUCUGGCCGUGCUCGUCUUGGCAACAAGAAGAGCCCUAUGCUUCGCGGUGGAAGUGUCGCCUUCGGCCCCAAGCCCCGCGACUUCAGCACGAAGCUCAACCGCAAGGUCAUCCAGAUGGGCAUGCGUGUUGCGCUGAGCGUGAAGGUUCGGGAACAGCGGCUGGGCGUUGUGAAGUCGCUGGAGUGGAUUGGCUACCAGACUCGGCCCUUCAACACACGUCUGAAGAGCCUCGGCUGGGACGCAGGCACACUCUUCGUCACCGGCGAGCAGGCAGUCCCAAGAAACCUCGAGUUGGCGAGCCGGAACCUGAGUGGUGUGGAGGCCAUAACGGUCCAGGAGCUAAAUGUGCAUGACCUUGUCAGCUGGCGGCGGGUUAUACUGGACGUGCAGGCAGUGGAGGCACUGCAAACGAUGUUGACCAAGGGCAAAGCGCCUCUGGCAAUUGACGGCCCGGUAACACUUGCUGAGGCUGUUGAAACUUCUCAAGCGGAAGCUUCCACUGUAUGAUGCAGUUGAUACGCCGCAUGAACAGGACCAGCAGCAAGCCACCGACACUUGCUAGCAACUCCAUAGACUAUAAGGUGUAGCUACUUACCUAUCCCCGUAAUAUAUGCAUCGCUUAUC